AUGGUUGAGGUACAGUCGCAGAACACGAGUCCCAAGCCUGUGGUCAUUAGGAGGUGCACGGAAGUACCGAUGGCUGUCGGGUCACCCACUGCGUCGGAGAUGAGGCGUCGCCGGCGACGGCACUCGCGUCUUAUGUCCAACGCCUCGUCGGUGGUGUCGGCCGCAGCCGCCUGCAUCCCGGCCUCCGAAAAACACAAGAUAUCCAACAACGAAGCACUUAUGCACAUGGUAAAGGCCACUAUCGGUGGAGGUUUCCUGGCCAUGCCCGAGGCCUUUCACAACAUCGGCAUAGUGAUGGGCGUCGUAGGCACAAUAAUACUAGGCCUUUCCGUCUUGAACAUGAUGUCGUGCAUAGUUAGGUGCUCGCAAACAUUGAGGUCCGGCAAAUACGUAGACAUCAUAUUGGCUGAACAGAACGGUAAUAACACAGCAGCCAAGGUAGAAGAUGACAAAAAUAACAGUAAACCUAGACGGCGGCACAGCAAUCAGUUGGUGCUACCACCAAUGGACUAUCCCGACACCGUGGCCGCAGUGUUCAAGUAUCGCGCCGGUGGCCGGUUCGCACGCUUCGCGUCAUUUGCCAGAGACUUCACAAGUACAGCCCUGGUGACCACCUAUUAUGGGGUGAACAUUAUAUACGUGUGCAUCGUGGCCAGCACGUUUAAGCAGCUUAUCGACCAGUAUACCGCCGACGCAGCUGUGGACUCGUGGAGCCAUUCGAUUCAUGGGCUGUCCAUCCGCUGGUACCCGAUCUUUGUUUCGGUGCUAAUCAUCCCUGUGGGUAUGGUCAGGUUGAUCAAAUACCUGGUCCCCUUCUCAGUUGCCGCCAACGCAUGCAUGUUGGCAGGGACCGCGGCCGUGUUCUACUUCAUUAUAUUCGGUGACGAUAGGUCGGACCCACUCGCACCCGAAGAACAAGCCAAGCUGAUAGUGUGGCCAGUCACCCGGUGGACGCUGUUCGCCGGCAGCGCCCUGUGCUCAUUGGAGGGCGUUGGAAUGUUGUUGCACAUCGAGAACGCGAUGAGCAGGCCGCUGGAACUCGCCGGACCGCCCGCUUACACGCUGCACCGGUCCAUGGUGGUCAUCGUCGUGAUGAACAGCGCGCUGGGCCUGUUCGGCUAUUUGCGGUACGGCGACCGGUGUGCGGGCAGCAUAUCACUCAACCUGCCACAGGACAACCGACUGUCGGAAGUCAUAAAACUUAUGAUCGCCUUGGGUAUUCUGUUGACGUACGGACUCCAGCUGACCGUCACGUCAGAUCUGGCGUGGCAGGGACUGCGUAGCAAGUUCGUUAAGUCCAUAGGUGGAUCCGCUGAUUGCAAUGAUGCAGUGGAGGACGAUGAUUCUUCCCCGAAAAUGGUGACUUACUACUACAGCAUGCGGUUCUUCCUCAUAUUCGGCACCAUAAUGGUGGCCGUAGCCGUGCCUGAUAUCGGUCCACUCGUAUCGCUCGUGGGUUCAGUGGGGUUCUCAUUGCUGGGCCUGGUCAUUCCCGUUGUUAUGGAAACCGUAUGGUACUGGUCCGAAGAAGACGAUGAUAGUCAGGAACAGGACUGCUGGGACGGGACGACGGUGACGGACACAUCGACGACCGCGGCAGUGGGUGGUAGGCCACCCACACCGGUGGCUGUUGCAGCUGGCGGCGCAGAACGUAGGUCGUCCAGCCGAGGUGGAGGCUGUCGCCGAGUCAUUCGGCACGUGAAGAACCUGAUACUCCUUUUGCUCGGCUUGUUGGCGUUGGUCGGCGGCGCAUUCUAUAACAUCCGCGACAUCGUGGCUAGGGCUUCUGGAGACGGCUCGCCAGCACCUUCCAUCUGACGGACGCGGCAGUAUUCCGCGGACAAUUUUAUAUUUAAAGUUUUUUGUUGUUGUUGUGUAUGAAAUAUAAGGGUCUAAAUAUUAUAAACGCGAUAACAUGAUAUUGUCAUAACCACAGAUAAACAGGUACUAACUUGAAACUAUGGCUGAAACACGAUGGCGUGAUAUUAUAUUAUAGUCAAAGAGGAAAUGCCAAUAGGCGAAACAAACGUUCUCAGUUAUCAAUUUGUGAUGAAAUGAUUCAACACAAUAAUUAUCGACGAGUACUUUACGUUGAUAAUAAUUAUUGAAAAAGUUUGUUGACCGAGUUUUCCUCUUUGCACGUUUCACCUACAACAGAAUAGUGCCAUUUAGUAUUACCUAAAUAAUGUAUAUUAUGCAUCUGUUGACAUAACAAUAUUAUUAUAUAAAUAUAUAGGUGUAUUUAUACUUUACGACUGUGUGUAUCUUUUGUUCCAAAAACGAAUACGAUUUAAACUUAAAUGAUCAAAACGGUGUAAAUGUAUAUAAAUGCUUCCCAACCUUCUUGUUAUAUGACCCACACAUUUUUAGAUAGACGACUCGCAAUUAAAAAUAAAAAUAAAAAUCAAGUAUGCCAUAAUAUGAUUGUAAUAUUAUAAUCAUUUUGAUAUGUCAGCAAUUACAUCAUACAAUUUUCAAAAUAAAAUGCAAUGUUGAAUAAUGAGUAGGUAGAUACUACAUUCUGUUAAAUAUAUAGAUUAUUGUCGGAUUC